GAAUGUGGAAUGACAUAAUUUCAAAUAUUUUAACAAAAGAUUAGUGUUCUGCAUUAAAGUUUACAUUGAGCUGUAAAAUGAGCCUAUCAAAUGACAACAACCCACUGCCAUAAACGGGCUUACUAGCUAUAGCCGAAUUAGUCUGUUAGUAGGCUACUUUAGGUGUUUCUGCCAUAUCUGACAUUUAGUUAUACACUCGACAUUAAUUCUGGUUUUUUUACUCUGAGGGCAUUUUCUGUAUGAGGGCCACCGCACUGCGAGUCCAUAUUGGACAAAUUGAAAUGUUACAGAUCAUAACCGUUAAAAACAAUUUUGCACGCUUCGUUUAUUAACGAUUUAAGAGCACUUUAACGGCUGAAUUCAGGGCUCGCGCCGUCAGCUGUUGGGCGCCCGCAGGGGUCGCCGGGUUAAAACAAUAAGCGUCGCGCUGAUUGAAAACUGCAAUCAGCGCAUUAACUGUGUGUGUCCGCAAAAAAAAAAGCAGUCACGGAACCAUAUUGCAAUCAAAUGUCCAACUUUAGGCUAUCAUAUUGUUUUCAAACUCAAAGGUGAAAAGACAGAUGGGGCAUAGAUACGCCUUUGCCUUUAGCUUAUGUUAUAUUUAUGUAAGAUUGACAUAUUGUGUUUUUGUGUUGUGAAGCCUAUGUUAACGUGCAAGUUGUCGUAGGCAAUUUUUUUAAUUGAAAAAACUAAAUGUGAAUAAUAAUUUUGCACAUACCUGGUGUAGGCUACCCAACUUUAUAUAAAUAAAUAAACAAUUCAAUAAAAAAAUACUGGGUUUUUACAACUAACGUUUAGUUUAGUUUAGUUUAGGUGGUGUGGAAGUUAAUAUCGUAUUAGGAAUAUGGACAGUUGUGGUGAGCAUGUGUGCAAUUAAGCGAAGAGAUUUUGACUAAUGUAUUUAUUUAAGCGUCUCAUAUACCUUAUAUAAGUUCUGUCCGAUGCCAUAGUUGUCAAUACUGCAGCUGAGCUUGUUACUAACCGUUGGUUCUCCUGGAGACCAGUCCGCGUACUGGCCGUAAUUUAAACCCACCAGUGCACCCCAGGCUGCCAUAUGCGGAGUGUGUCUAAUUCACUUAAUGAAGCUUCGGUUUCUUUUGUAAUGACAUCAGAUUUGAAGACCCUUCGGUCCUUUGAGCCUCCUCCCCUUCACGUCGCUAGCAGCAAUCCUAUUGGCUGUUGUGAGGCAGGCAUUAAAGGAGCGAUAUUGUCCCGUACACUUGCGACCGGGUUGCUGGGGUCCACUAUAAAACGCUAGCGUCACCCCCGGCGUGCCAGACUUGCUGUCAUUACUGAUCUGGAAUAACAAGUCGACAGUGACACUUAUCCUCAUCGCCCUCACUUGAUCUUGACUCUUCAACUCAAGAAAGAAACUUCAGCGCCAAAAACGAUGGACUCCGAUACAAGCCGAGUAUCCAGCCGGCCAUCCUCCCCCGAAGCGGAAGAUAUUUUCCUCGCCAUGAAGAAGUCGGUCGGGUUUGCUGGCGCUGUGUCAUCCACACAGAGCGACUCAGGGCUCAGCAUGGACCUCCGGGAGAUGUCUAGCGCGGAUGAAGAGUUGAUCGCCCUGAAGAUGCAGUACAAGAAAGAUCGUAAACUGAUGUCCGAGAACGAGCUGCAGUCCAUGCGCCUAAAGAUUAACAGCCGCGAGAGGAAACGCAUGCAUGACCUCAACAUCGCCAUGGACGGGUUGCGCGAGGUGAUGCCCUAUGCUCACGGGCCCUCCGUGCGCAAACUCUCCAAGAUCGCCACCCUACUUCUAGCGCGAAAUUACAUCCUCAUGCUGAGCAGCUCCCUGGAAGAGAUGAAGCGGCUGGUGAGUGAGAUAUACGGAGGAGGCGCCGCCGCUGCGCACCAUGCGGGGUUCCACCCUUCUGCUUGUGGGGGCCUGGCACACACUGCGGGCCCCUUACCGACUCACCCUGCGGUCUCUCACGCCUCUCACCCAGUCCAUCACCCUCUUCUCCCUCCCGUGUCUACGGCCGCUUCACUUUCUGCUCAAGGUCUCUCAGCAGUCAGAUCCCACCAUGGACUUCUGAAGGCGCCAUCAGCCGCGGCGGGCCACCUCGGUUCCGUGACCAGCUUCCAGCACUGGGGCGCCGGGAUGCCCUGUCCAUGCAGCAUGUGUCAGGUGCACCCUCCACACGUGUCUAUGAGCACCACAAGUCUGGCGCGGCUCACAUCCGACUCCAAAUAAGUUGUGAACUUUUCAUGUCCUCAGCGGCCAAGAGGAAUGGACAGACAUAAUAAAAAAAAACAAUCUGUUGCUCUGAUCACGGCCAGUGUCGAAGGAUCAGACUGAACUGUAUGGACCCGAGAACAAUAUUUACAAUGAAACUUGGAUAAGCGCCUCUAACAUAGAUUUUUCUAACUUUUCUUCAAAAUAGUUCCAUUGUUAUUAUUGUGAUACUUUCAUAUGCUGUCUUUGAAAUAGCAAAAAUAUAAUUUCCAAAGUGGUGGAAUGAGAUCCCAUGACUUACCGAAUGGAAAAACGAUAUUGUGUAGCAUAGUCAGAAUUAUAUUUAAAAGUCGAUUACCGGUGUUAGAUCCAUUUGAAUGGUGCUUAAUUUAUUUAGGCUUUGAAAAGUUUCAAUCGGGCAUUUGGGAAAACGAUCUAAAUUCAAUGCUCGGUUAUAAAUACGUGGACAUUACAUUAUACCUGUAAAUAUGUAGAUUCAGAAUUGUGUUUAUAGAACGACAGAUUUUAUAUUAGACACAUUGGCUAAAUGGUAGGGUCAACACCAACAGCACUGGCUCUAUAUGUUUCCUAAGUCAUAUUCUCUCUGGCACAAUUUCUUGCUUCAUCUUCUUUAGGAUUCCUCCAUGGUCUCUUCCUUUACUAGUAUCUUUAGGAAAUAAAUCUUUGUCUUAACCUUUCCUCUCUCUCUCUCUCUCCCCGGCAUUUCGUUUCACUGUCUCUGCCCGACGAAAAGAAUGAUCACGUCUUUAUUUUUUAUAUAAAAGUGCUAAAUGAUAUUUAUUUACUUAUUUUCGAUUGAACCGAAAAUGAAUGAACGGCGAAUUAUGUUGAAUUGAAAUGUGAAAUAAAAGUUUUACCUGGAAAA